UCAUUUUCUUUCCUCUGCUAGGAAAAGUCAAGACUCUCAAAACUAUGGCCAGCGAAUCAAGAACCAGAUGGGUUCUCCCUUACAAGACCAAGAACUUGAAAGACGAUUACCUGCUUGGUCGUGUGCUCGGAAAAGGACAGUUUGGAACCACUUUCCUCUGCACCCAUAACGAGACGGGUCAAAAGCUUGCCUGCAAAUCCAUACCUAAAACGAAGCUCCUUUGUCAAGAAGAUUGCGACAACGUUUUGAGGGAGAUCCAAAUAAUGCAUCACUUGUCUGAAUACCCCAACGUUGUCCAGAUACAAAGCACGUACGAGGAUGAUACCAGCGUGCACCUUGUGAUGGAGCUCUGCGAAGGUGGUGAGUUGUUUGAUAGAAUCGCGGAGAAAGGUCAUUACAGUGAGAGAGAAGCUGCAAAGGUUAUCAAGACGAUUGUUUCUGUCGUUGAGGCUUGUCACUCUCUUGGUGUUAUGCAUAGGGAUCUUAAGCCUGAGAACUUCUUGUUCACUUGUUGUGAUGAAGACUCUCCUCUUAAAUCUACUGACUUUGGGGUCUCUGUUUUCUGCGAGCCAGGCACAACGUUUUCAGAACUUGUUGGAAGUGCAUACUAUGUGGCGCCUGAGGUUUUACUUAAGCAUUACGGCCGUGAAUGUGACGUAUGGAGCGCUGGAGUUAUACUCUACGUUCUAUUAAGUGGUUUUGCUCCUUUCGAUGCUGGAACUGAACGUGGGAUCUUUAGAGAGAUUUUAAAGGGAAACCUGGACUUUGAGACGGAUCCUUGGCCUAGCAUCUCAGAGAGUGCCAAGGAUCUUGUUGGGAAAAUGCUCGAGAGCGAUCCAAAGAAAAGGUUAACUGCUCAUCAAGUCUUGUGUCACCCUUGGAUUGUGGAUGAUACGGUUGCUCCAGAUAAACCACUGGACUUUGCAGUAGUUUCCCGGUUGAAAAGGUUCUCUGCGAUGAACAAACUUAAGAAGAUGGCUUUACGUGUGGUUGCAGAGAGACUGUCUGAGGAAGAAAUCGGUGGGCUCAAAGAACUGUUCAAGAUGAUAGACACAGACAACAGUGGGACCAUCACGUUUGAAGAGUUGAAAGAUAGUAUCAGACGUGUUGGGUCAGAGCUUGUGGAAUCAGAGAUCCAAGAACUCUUGCAAGCAGCUGAUGUUGAUGAGAGUGGAACAAUUGACUAUGGAGAGUUCUUGGCUGCAACAAUCCACUUGAACAAGCUGGAGAGAGAGGAGAAUCUAAUGGCUGCAUUCUCUUUCUUUGACAAAGAUUCAAGCGGUUGCAUCACUAUCGAUGAACUCCAACAGGCUUGGAACCAGUUUGGUAUAAAAGAUUCACAUCUUGAUGAAAUGAUCAAAGACAUUGAUCAAGACAAUGAUGGACAAAUAAACUAUGGGGAAUUUGUGACAAUGAUGAGAAAAGGCAAUAAUGGGAUCAGCAGGAGAGCAAUGAGAAACACAUUCAACUUUGAGAAUUUAAGUGAAUGUCUAAACUCUUCAUUUUAGUGAAAGUUUCUUGAUAGAACUUUCUGUUUCUAUUUUAAAACCAGUUAUGUUUUCAAUAAAACCAAUUCUGACCAGUGUAAUUGGAGACGAUCUCUUAACAGUUAUCAAACAUUGAUCUUGCCAGUU